UUAAUCACCAUUAGUAGACGGCCAAUUACACACACCUGUACUGUACUGUACUGUACUAUACACAAGGUUAGCUUCUGGCUAGCUCGAUCCCUAGAUAAGCUAUGAAGGGUCUCGUCGUCGUGCUCGUGGGCCUCGUGAUCGUCGGCGCCGUUGGUGCUAGCGCGGCGCAGCGGCCGGUGGUGCCGGCGAUGUUCGUGCUGGGGGACUCGACCCUGGACGUGGGCAACAACAACCACCUGCCGGGGAAGGACGUGCCCAGGGCGAACGAGCCCUUCUACGGCAUUGACUUCCCCGGCGGCGCAAGGGCCACCGGGAGGUUCAGCAACGGCUACAACAUCGCUGAUUUCGUCGCGAGGCAUUUGGGGUUCGAGAGGAGCCCUCUAGCUUACCUGGUGCUGAAAUCUCGCAACUAUCUCAUCCCAAGCGCUCUGACGAGAGGGGUGAGCUACGCUUCCGCGGGAGCCGGUAUCCUCGACUCCACUAACGCGGGAAAGAACAUCCCGCUGUCAAAGCAGGUGAGCUACUUCGCGUCGACCAAGGCCGAGAUGGAGGCCGCGUGGGGCAGACAUAAAGUCUCCAAGCUCCUCGCCAGCUCCUUCUUCCUCCUGGGCUUCGGCAGCAACGACCUCUUCCAGAGCAGACCAAAGUCCCAAGCCGAUGUUGCCGCACUCUAUGCCACCCUCGUCUCGAACUACUCCGCCGCCAUCACCGAACUGUAUGGGAUGGGCGCGAGAAAAUUGGGGAUCAUCAGCCCUGGCCCAGUGGGGUGUGUGCCGCGGGUGCGCCUGUUGAACGCGACGGGUGCCUGCAACGAUGGCAUGAACCGCCUCACUGUCGGGCUCGCCGCGGCGUUCAAGUCUGGCCUCGCUGCAGCCCUCAGCCCAACGAGGCUCCCAGGCCUCACAUACUCCCUCGCCGACUCCUUCGCCGGCACGCCGGCCAACUUCGACAACCCACAAGCGGCCGGGUUCGUGAACGCCGAUAGCGCAUGCUGCGGGAGCGGUAGGCUGGGCGCGGAGGGUGAGUGCAUGAGGAACGCGACAGUGUGCAGCGACCGCGAUGUGUACGCUUUCUUUGACAACGUGCACCCCAGCCAGCGGGCCGCUGAGCUGGGUGCGCAGGCGCUCUUCGUGGACGGGCCGACACAGAUCACCACACCCAUCAGCUUCAAGGAGCUAGCCCAUCAGAGAUGAUUGAUUGAUUCCUUGAAAAUUAGUACGAGACAUGAUUGAUUCUCUUCGGUUUGAGUGAUUUUGUAUAUUGUAUUUCUUUUUGAAAACUCCAUAUAUUGCCAACAAAGAGCAUUUCUAGUCGAUC